UUUGAAAGAACAGUUACUUAAAGUAAAAAUGAGCGGCAGAGGAAAAACCGGAGGUAAAGCAAGAGCCAAGGCUAAGACUCGCUCAUCCAGGGCUGGACUGCAGUUCCCCGUCGGCCGUGUUCACAGGCUUCUCCGCAAAGGCAACUACGCCGAGCGCGUCGGUGCUGGUGCUCCUGUUUAUCUGGCGGCUGUGCUCGAGUAUCUUACCGCUGAGAUCCUGGAGUUGGCUGGAAAUGCCGCUCGGGACAACAAGAAGACCCGCAUCAUCCCCCGUCAUCUGCAGCUGGCGGUGCGCAACGACGAAGAGUUGAACAAACUUCUGGGCGGAGUGACCAUCGCUCAGGGCGGCGUGCUGCCCAACAUCCAGGCUGUGCUGCUGCCCAAGAAGACCGAGAAACCCGCCAAAUCCAAAUAAACGGAUUCAAAUCUGUCUUAUUGAAACCCAAAGGCUCUUUUAAGAGCCACCCAUUUUUUCUGAUAUAGUGCACUUUUCUUUAAUUGUUCUGGAACAAUUAUGUAUCAUGCACCAAAUAGACUAGUUACUAAUACGAACUAUUCUCUUUUAAAGUGGACAUAACUACAUACAAGCCAGGAAAUACACUGGUAUGUUUUUAUUUAUAAAGCCUUGUCAGGGUUAUUACCUAAAUAUCUCCUAAAAUUGCUGAAACUUAAAACUAACACAUACAACUAGAUCUGAUCAUAUCUUUUUGAUUUCAUCUAAAAAGAAAACUACUUGUGGUAGUUCCGCUUCUGAAUUUACUGCCCCAAAUGAUUGGAAUGUGUUACAAGCUAUUGUAUGUCUGCGCAUUUAAAACAUAUUGGCGAGUCCUUUUAUCUGAAAAUGUUUAAAAUUGUGUGUGUGUAAUAUAUAUAUAUAAUAUAUAUGUGUACACACACAAUUGUACUGUAUAUGUGUUGUAAUGUAUGGUUGUUUUUCAGUAGAUCUUCACUCUUUUGCCAGGCUGUUACUGAAAAUAAGAUCCUGCUCUUAAUAACUUUCCUGGUUAAAUAAAGGUUAAAAGAAAAAUGAAAAAUAAUUUAACACCAUAAACGCAGUUGGUUGAUUAAAAAAAAAAAAAAAAAAAUCGGCAAAUUACCCUGAAAACAGUUAAAUAUACGAUUGCAAAUACAAUAGCAGCAACAAAGUGUUACAAAUGCAUGAUAAUCCCUUGUUUGUUUGAUAGAGAUGUUUUUUUUUUCUCUCUCUCUCUCUUUUUGGCUAGUGUGUUCUGUUUGGUUGUAGUGCUUUUAUACAGAUGAAGCGAUUUUGUUUGAAUCCGAGAUAUGUACAACCAUUAGGAAUAAGGUGAAUAUUUCAGAACAAAUAAAUACAGCAUGUGAGUAAAAGGCCUUUGGGUGUGUGUUACACGGAACAAAGUAUUAAACAGAUCAAAGCACAUUGAGCGGGAAACCCUCUGCUUGUUUGAAAAGAGGGAGCGCGCAGUCAUUGGCUAGCAGUCAUAAGCACACGUCACACAUUAGCCAAUCACAAGCCUCGGCACCCUCGCGACACUGUG